AUGAACAAAUAUCGGACCUUAGCUAGGCGGGAAGGCAGCCUUAGCAGUUACGACACCACCACCACCAUCACAUACCCUGCCUCUACUACACCCACCACAGCCCGAAACCACCACCGAUUCAGCAACCCUCUAUCUUCCCCCGAACCCGAACCAAUCGACCUAGCGAAGCUACGAAAUCCCUCUAUCAUGCCUGCCACCACCGCAGAGACUCUGUCUCUCGUUCAGCGGAAUGUCUCCGUUGCCCCUCUCGUGCUUCUUUCCGUCGUCGACCACUACAAUCGCGCGGUAGCCAAGGGAUCGAAACGGAGAGUGGUGGGUGUUCUGCUGGGUUCAAAUGACGGAAACAAUGUCCGCGUAUCCAACAGUUUCGCAGUGCCGUUCGAGGAAGAUGACAAGGACCCCUCAGUGUGGUUCCUGGACCACAACUACGUCGAGGGAAUGAAUGAUAUGUUCAAGAAGGUCAACGCGAGAGAAAAGCCGAUCGGCUGGUACCACUCCGGCCCCAAGCUGCGGGCGUCCGAUCUCGAGAUCAACGAGCUGUUCAAGCGCUACACCCCCAACCCUCUCCUAGUCAUCAUUGACGUCCAGCCGAAGGAGGCGGGUGUGCCGACGGACGCAUACUUCGCCGUCGAAGAGAUCAAGGAUGAUGGUACCACCACGUCAAGAACCUUCGUCCACACCCCGUCGAUCAUCGAGGCCGAGGAAGCAGAGGAGAUUGGUGUCGAGCACCUCCUUCGUGACAUCCGCGAUGUCGCUGUUGGAACCCUCUCGACGAGAAUAACAAAUCAGCUUCAGUCACUCCAAGGGCUGCAUCUUCGUCUCCGCGAUAUCGGUGCCUACCUCCAGAAGGUUCUCGACGGCCAGCUGCCCGUGAACCAUGCCAUCCUGGGCAACCUGCAGGAUGUCUUCAACCUCCUUCCCAACCUGUCCACGCCAAAGGCCGAUGGCAAGUCCAGCGGCGGCGAGCUUUCUCACGCCAUGAGCAUCAAGACUAACGACCAGCUCAUGGCCAUCUACCUUAGCAGUUUGAUCCGCGCCAUCACUGCCUUCCACGACCUUAUCGAGAACAAGAUUCAGAACCGACAGCAGGCAGAGGAGAAGGAGGCCAAGAAGGAGGAGGAGGCGAACGGCAAGGACGGAAAGAAGGACGAUAAGGCGAACGGUGUAAACGGCGAGAACAAGGAGGCAUCUGACAAGGAGAAGGAGGCGAAGAAGGAGAAGAAAUAG